CCUGUUGCCUCACGAGCAUCUCCAGCCUCCAGCACUACAUCUUUUCCUAGAGACCAGAACAAGGCCAACCAUGAACCCAGCGGGCCAUACCUCAACUUCUUACAGGCGCACCUUCGGGAGCCCUCACCCAAUCUCCAUAUCCUCCUACUCUCCUGUGUCCUCCCGUAUGACUGCUUCUUCGGGACGCUACAUGCGUUCAAUGUCCCCUGCGGUUUCAUCCCGCUCCACCACCUACCACCAACAGCGCUCCCGCCCGGUCGCCCAGCCUCCCCGCCUCUCCUACGACAAGGUGGACUUCACCCUGUCCGAAGCCAUCAACGCAGAGUUCCUCACCACCCGCAGCAAUGAGAAGGCCGAGCUGCAGGAGCUCAACGACCGCUUCGCCAGCUUCAUCGAGAAGGUGCGCUACCUGGAGCAGCAGAACGGCUCUCUGCAGCAGGAGCUCAACCAGAUUAAAGGCCAGCAGCAACAUGGGCAGCCCAACCGCGCCACCGAGAUAUUCCAGGAGGAGAUGAGGGAGAUGAGGCGCCAGAUGGACGACAUCGGAAAGGAGAGGGACCAGUACCUGCUGGAGAGGGACAACCUGGCUGAGGACAUUUCCCUUCUCAAGCAGAGGCUGGAUGAAGAAGGUCAGAAGAGGGCAGAUGCUGAGAAUAACCUGGCUGCCUUCCGCAAGGAUGUGGACGAUGCUACACUGUCCCGUCUGGAGCUUGAGAGGAAAAUUGAGUCUCUGAUGGAUGAAAUUGAAUUCCUAAAGAAGCUCCAUGAUGAAGAAAUCCAAGAUGUCCAAGUGAGCGUUCAGACCCAGCAGCUGAAGAUGGAGGUGGACAGCAGUGCCAGGCCUGACCUCACUGGUGCUCUGAGGGACAUCAGGGCCCAGUAUGAGAACAUCGCCAUGAAGAACAUGCAGGAAUCUGAGGAUUGGUACAAGUCUAAGUUUGCUGAUUUGACUGAGUCUGCAAAGCGAAACACUGAUGCUCUGAGGCAGGCCAAGCAGGAAGCCAAUGAGUCCAGGAGGCAGAUUCAGUCCCUCAACUGUGAAAUUGAUGCUUCGAAGAACACUAAUGAGGCUCUGCUGAGGCAGAUGCGUGAAAUGGAGGACCAGUUUGGCAAUGAGAUUGCCAACUCCCAGGACAACGUAGGCAGGCUGGAGGAUGAGAUUCGCCACCUGAAGGAGGAGAUGGCUCGCCAUCUUCGCGAGUACCAGGACCUCCUUAAUGUCAAAAUGGCUCUGGACAUUGAGAUCGCUACUUACCGUAAACUGCUGGAGGGGGAGGAGAGCAGGAUUACUGUUCCCAUCAUGAAUAUUGGCAUGAGCAAUCACUAUGGUGACCGAGACUAUGAACAUACUCCUGACACCAAAGGCAAGAGGACUGUGGUGAUCAAGACGGUAGAGACUAGGGAUGGAGAGGUCGUAAAGGAAUCAAGGAGGGAGAAGGACAGGGAGUCUGAACGAGUUGACAAGGACGACCAAGACGAGUAAAUAAAAAAUGAUUAGAACAUGGGAAGGCCAGAGCCAAUAGAAAAUAGUAAACGUAAGAAAGAUGAAAGAUGUUAAUCCCAAUUCUGAUAAACAGUUCUCAUUCCACUUAUCAUGUGUUUAACUGCCUAGCAAAGAUUCUCAUAGGAGAAAUGUCGAAUGAAUCCCUUUAGA